UGUUAAUGCACCUCCUGUGACAUUUCACAUUUGAAGAUGGUGGUUUUUGUUUUGCCGCUUGUAAAUAAAAGCCAACUUUAAUUUCAAUAAAUGGUUUAAUGUUUAUGUGAAUGUAAUAUUUGUGUUAGUGUAAAUUUUUUCAUUUUUUUAAAAAUGGAGACCAUAAGAGAUACGUGUCAUUUUUGUUCCCGUUCCGAUACUGUUUUAACAAAUAGCAAAUAUGCUAAAAUUUUUAAAAGAUUACUUAACAACAAAGUGUUAAAUUAUGACGAAUUUCCCAAAAUCAGAUCAUCUCUAAAGAUAUGUCUACUUUGUGCCCAAAAACUUUUAAUUAUGGAAAAAACACAACACAAGAUGGAAAACGUCACAGUUAACAAACAUUUCAAUUGUAUUAAAUGUAAUAAAGACCAACAUCUUGUCCAGGUUCAAAAAUGGGAUCACCUUAAUACCAUAUUUGAUAACUUGGCCAUAUCCAUCCACAUUUCAAAAUAUAAAAUAUGUUUGGAAUGUUAUUAUUUUUUAAACACCCUUUACGAAUUUAAAAAUAAUGUUUUCAAAUUCUUUCCCGAACUUAAUUGUUACUUUGAAAAAGAUGUCAGGAACACACCAAUAACAAAAGCUGCAAGAAAAUCAUUUGAAAAAUCUUUAGACCCCAUUGGAAAACAGUUAAAACAACUGGUUGCACUGAACAAGAAUGAUGAAAUUCAAGUCAAAAAGGUCAAUGAUGAUAAAAUUUUGAAAAUGAUUCCACAUGUCCUGCUAGAGCGUGACGGUUUAGAGACGAUUAAUAAUAAUAAAACCGAAGAAUUAGAAACAAAGAAAUCGCAACCACGUCAAAAUGUUAUAAAAGGAACACCACAUCCUGUACAUACACUAAAAAGACCAUUCAGAAAAAAUAAAGUUAAUUACAAAGAUAUUAUUAAUACAAAUUCAAAAUCUCAAAAUACUACUUUAAAAAUAAUAGAUAUUAAAUCUGAGCUUAAAAGACACAAUAUUACUAAAGAAUUAUAUGUUAAAAUAUUAAAAGAUUAUCCAGCUUCUGCAGCAUCAAAAAAAACAGGAGGUAGUAGAAAAAACGUAUCAUUUAAUGAUAGUAUAGAAUACUUUCCUAAUAAAAACGAAAUUUCUAAAGAAAAAACUUCUAAAAUAAUAAAUAAUGAAAUUAUUCCUUUGGAAGAUGAGAGUGAUUUGGAAAUACAAAAGGAGAAAAAUAAAACCUCCACAAAAAGUAAAAACAUAGAAGAAAAUGAUAAAAGAAAUAGUGACGUUAUUCCUUUGGAAGAAGAUAGUGAUUUAGAAAGCAAUAAUGAAGAAAAUAAAACCUUUACAAAGAGUAAAACUGUAGAAGAGAAUGACUUAACUGCAAAUGAAGAGAAAAGUUCCACAAAGAAGCGAAAGAGGUUAUCAAUACUCAGUUCAGCCUGUAAGAGGUCUUCAAUGAAAAGGUUUAAGAAACGUAAUAAUGUAGAUAGUGAUAGUAGUUCAGAAAAUGGGGCAAUUGCUGAGUCUGGUGAAGAGAAUAAUGUAAAUUUCAAGAUAAACGUGGAAUCAGAGAAAGUCAAUAAUGAUACUUCAGAUGGAGUUAUACUUUCGGAUGAAAAAGAUGAUCUAGAAGACAUAGUUGGGGAGAUAAAUUUAAAUUUGGAUAAAAAUCCUGACAAUUCAACAGACACUGAUGAUUUUGGCAAUGAUAAUGUUUCACAAGAUGUAAUUAAUACAGAAUGUACAAAUUCGAAAGUAGACAAUCAAGAGGAAGCUAGGACUACAGUUAAUGAAGUUCUUAUAGCUAGUGAUUCAGAUGAGACAACAAUAAGUGAGAAUGAUCAAAAUUUUGAAGAAAAUCAGUGUGAUGCUACAGUAUCAGAUAAAGACAAGAAAAAUAUGCAACCUAAUGAAGCAGAAAAUAAUGAAGAAAAUAUAGAAAUUUCGGAUGAAGACAAUUUUACAAAUACGACUAAAAUGAGUGACAUAAUUCACAUUAGUGAUGAAAGUGAAUCCUCAGACGAAAUCAACUCAAAAGACAAAUCAGAACCGUCUAUUUCUGAUCAGGUUGAAGAAACGGCAACAAAUGAAGAUGAAGAAAUUAAAACAAAUGGAAAAUCAAGCAAAGAAUUGUCUCCAACAUCCAAAGACUGCGAUUGUGCCGAAGAAUCCACGGAAGCUGAGUCAACACCAAAAAAGAAACUGUCAACAUCACCUGAAGAGUCAUCUACUGAUCAAGCAGAAAAAAAUAAAAAUAUUGAAGGUGAAUUUUUGGAAGAAAAUUCAAAAGGCAAAUCAAAACGAUCCACAUCGAAAAGAAGAUUAUCCUCUUCAUUUGAAGACAAAAGUUCCGAUCGAGUAGUUGAAGAUGAAUCUCCAGAGGAAAAGCCAAAGAACAUAUCAAAAUGUGCCAUAAAGAAAAGAAAACUGUCGUUAUCGUCUGACGAGACAACUUCCGAUUUAGAAGAAGCGACAAAAAAUGUUGAAAGUGAAUCUGAAAGUGAGUUAAUGGAAUCAACUUUGGAUCAAUCAAAAGUAACAACCAAUUUUGAAAGUAAAUCUGUGGAAGAAAAUUCGUCGAAAUCUUCAGAUGAAGUGGAAGAAAAAGACAAAGAUGGUGGUGAAGUUCAAAUGAAUCCAGAAGACAGUUCGCAAAAAACUACGCCGACGAAAGAUGUGACAGCGGCAGCGGAGUUAACUACUGAUCAAACAGAAGAAACAUUAAGAGACGAUGAAAUUCGUGAUGUCAUGGAUAAAAAUUUAGAAAUUGUUCCUGAUGAAAUUAACAAAAUAAUUAAAAAAUACAUUAAAGAUGAUCUUGAAAAAGAUCAAGAUGAUGCAAUAAACAAUGAUUCACAAACUGUUGAAAAAAAUUCCGACAAACAGAAGUGCUUUGAGUGUAUGACUCCCGAAGAAUAUUUAGAAGCCACGCAUAAAGAGUCAAAUGUUGAAGGUUUAAAUAAUAAAUCUAGUGAUGGGUGUCAAUUUGUUUGUGACAUACAUAUGAAAAACAGUGAUGAAAAAAAUAAAUGUAACACAGAAUCUAAAGCAGAAUGUGACAAAAAUGAUGAGAUUAUAGAAAGUAAUAAAACUGUAAUUAUACAUACCAACAUUUGUUUAACAGAAGGCACAAAUACACCAUGUGAUGAAGUAUCAUAAAAGUACAUUUCAGAUUACCAAACUGGAAAGUGUAAAUCGAUUUAGUUGCACAGUACAAUAUAACAUUUGGAUAAACAAUAACAGAAAUUGUAAUGAU